GGUGGAGCGGCGCGCCGGAGGGGGGAGGCGGCGCCUGCGCAGUGCGCCGCCGAGGCGCUGUGUGUAUGUGAGAGUCUGACGGGUUCAAAAUGGCGGCGGCUGCUUCAGCGGCUCCUCCUGUGUGAGGGAAACAACACCCCUCCCCGGCAGCGGCGGCGGCGGCGGCGGCGGCGGCGGCUCGCAGAGCACCUUCCCCGCGGCUGGGCCUGUCGCCGCGCUGUCUAUCGGGGGCAGGGGGCGCUCCGGGAGGAGGGGCAACGCCAGGGGGGCCCAUCCCCCGGAAUCCCUCUUCUGCGACUGGGGAGUAGCCGGGGGCUCGUCCCGCAGCGCGGAGCCCGGGCUGAGGGGGAGACGCGAGGGGAAUCCGGGCCCCCCCCAGCCCCCAGCCCCCUAGCCCGGCGCGCCGCGCCGCUCCCGCCCUCUCCGCCCCCCGGGGCCGGGGCCCGCGUUCCGGGGGGCCGGGGCGGCGCGGGGAGCUCGGGCCGGCCGGUCUCAGCUGAUCGGCCGCGGCUCCCCGGCUGCUGGCCCAGGGCACGGCCAGGAGGGCGCUACCUCGCGGCGGGGGCCGGCCCGGGGCUCGGGCCGCUGACCGCUGGCCCGGGGGAGGCGGGGGCGCCCCGGGCUCGGCGCCGAGGGGUCGCGCUCCCCGCUCCUUGCCGCCUCCGACUCCCGGGCUCACGAGCCCCGCGAGCAGCCCGGAUCCCGCGGCUGUUUCCUCGCCUGCCCGGGUCGCUCUGACCCGCUCUGGAUACUGGGUGGCUCCACGGAAAAAAACCGAAGACGACGUGUGGGAUUUAAUUUGCCCUCCCAGUUUUUGGAAUCUUUCACUUCUCACUUGGACCAGAACUCACGAGCGCGAUCCCCGUGUUGCAAUCUGGUUACUAAGGAGGAAGAGGAAGGCAGCCCUGGAGUGGUUUCUUAACUGUAAUUGAAAAGGAAGAGUGAGAGAUGGAACCUGAAGAAGAAAGAAUUCGUUACAGCCAGAGAUUGCGUGGUACCAUGAGGCGGCGCUAUGAAGAUGAUGGUAUCUCAGAUGAUGAAAUUGAAGGGAAAAGGACUUUUGACUUGGAAGAGAAACUCCACACCAACAAAUACAAUGCAAAUUUUGUUACUUUUAUGGAGGGAAAAGAUUUUAAUGUAGAAUAUAUCCAGCGAGGUGGCUUAAGAGAUCCUCUGAUUUUCAAGAAUUCUGAUGGACUUGGAAUAAAGAUGCCAGAUCCAGACUUCACCGUGAAUGACGUCAAAAUGUGUGUGGGGAGUCGCCGCAUGGUGGAUGUCAUGGAUGUGAACACACAGAAAGGCAUUGAAAUGACCAUGGCUCAAUGGACACGCUACUAUGAGACUCCGGAGGAGGAGCGAGAAAAACUGUAUAAUGUCAUCAGCCUAGAGUUUAGCCACACCAGGCUGGAGAACAUGGUGCAAAGACCCUCAACGGUGGAUUUCAUUGACUGGGUAGACAACAUGUGGCCAAGACAUUUGAAGGAAAGUCAGACGGAAUCAACCAAUGCCAUCUUGGAGAUGCAGUAUCCUAAAGUGCAGAAGUACUGUUUAAUGAGUGUUCGAGGCUGCUAUACUGACUUCCAUGUGGACUUCGGUGGUACCUCUGUUUGGUAUCACAUCCAUCAAGGGGGAAAGGUCUUCUGGCUCAUCCCCCCUACAGCCCACAACCUGGAGCUGUACGAGAAUUGGCUGCUGUCAGGGAAACAGGGAGACAUCUUUCUGGGUGACCGGGUGUCAGAUUGUCAGCGCAUUGAGCUCAAGCAGGGCUAUACCUUCGUCAUUCCCUCAGGCUGGAUUCAUGCUGUGUACACUCCAACAGAUACAUUAGUGUUUGGAGGCAAUUUUUUGCAUAGUUUCAAUAUCCCUAUGCAGUUAAAAAUAUACAACAUUGAAGAUCGGACACGGGUUCCAAAUAAAUUCCGAUAUCCAUUCUACUAUGAGAUGUGUUGGUACGUGUUGGAGCGAUAUGUUUACUGCAUAACCAACCGCUCCCACCUAACUAAGGAAUUUCAGAAAGAGUCCCUUAACAUGGAUUUGGAGUUAAAUGGCCUGGACUCUGGAAAUGGGGAUGAGGAGGCCUUGGAUCGAGAACCACGGCGCUUGAGUAGUAGGCGUUCCGUCCUCACUAGCCCUAUAGCCAAUGGCAUCAACCUGGAUUAUGAUGGAAUGGGCAAGACGUGCCGAAGUCUUCCAACGCUGAAGAAAAGCCUGUCUGGGGACUCGCCCUCGGACUCCAGCCGAGGUUCCCACAAUGGCCAAGUGUGGGAUCCACAGUGUAGCCCCCGAAAGGACAAGCAGGUGCACCUAACCCAUUUUGAGCUUGAAGGCCUUCGCUGCCUUGUAGAUAAGUUGGAGUCUCUGCCACUGCAUAAGAAAUGUGUCCCCACGGGCAUAGAAGACGAAGAUGCCCUCAUUGCUGAUGUCAAGAUUUUGCUGGAGGACCUUGCCAACAGCGAUCCCAAGUUAGCCCUCACUGGAGUCCCGAUAGUACAGUGGCCAAAAAGGGACAAGCUUAAGUUCCCUGCCCGGCCAAAGGUGCGGGUUCCCACCAUCCCCAUCACAAAGCCUCACACUAUGAAACCAGCUCCACGGUUAACACCCGUGAGACCAGCUGCUGCCUCCCCCAUCGUAUCAGGAGCCAGGCGGAGACGAGUGCGGUGUCGAAAAUGCAAGGCCUGCGUGCAAGGAGAGUGUGGCGUUUGUCACUACUGCAGAGACAUGAAGAAGUUUGGGGGGCCUGGUCGAAUGAAGCAGUCCUGUGUCCUUCGGCAGUGCUUGGCACCCAGACUGCCUCACUCAGUCACAUGUUCCCUCUGUGGAGAAGUAGAUCAGAAUGAGGAGACCCAGGAUUUUGAGAAGAAGCUCAUGGAAUGCUGUAUCUGCAAUGAAAUUGUACAUCCCGGCUGCCUCCAGAUGGACGGAGAGGGCCUGCUUAAUGAGGAAUUGCCAAAUUGCUGGGAGUGUCCAAAGUGCUACCAGGAGGACAGCUCAGAGAAAACCCAGAAGCGGAAGAUGGACGAGAGCGAUGAAGAGUCCGUGCAGGCCAAGGUGCUGCGGCCCCUGCGGAGCUGCGACGAGCCGCUCACGCCCCCGCCUCACUCGCCCACCGCCAUGCUACAGCUCAUCCAUGACCCGGUGUCCCCCCGGGCCGUGGUGACUCGGUCCUCCCCUGGGGCUGGCCCCAGCGACCACCACAGUGCCAGCCGUGACGAGCGCUUCAAGCGGCGGCAGCUGCUGCGGCUGCAGGCCACCGAGCGCACCAUGGUACGGGAAAAGGAGAACAACCCCAGCGGCAGGAAGGAGCUGUCUGAAGUUGACAAAGCCAAGAUCCGGGGAUCGUACCUCACGGUCACGCUGCAGAGGCCCGCCAAAGAGCUCCACGGGACCUCCAUUGUGCCCAAGCUGCAGGCCAUCACGGCCUCCUCUGCCAACCUUCGCCAUACGCCCCGUGUGCUAGUACAGCACUGCCCAGCCCGGACCCCCCAGCGCGGGGACGAGGAGGGGCUGGGGGGAGAGGAGGAGGAAGAGGAGGAGGAGGAGGAGGAAGAUGACAGUGCAGAGGAGGGGGGUGCGGCCAGGCUGAAUGGCCGGGGCAGUUGGGCUCAGGAUGGAGACGAAAGCUGGAUGCAGCGGGAGGUCUGGAUGUCUGUCUUCCGCUACCUCAGCCGCAGAGAACUUUGUGAAUGUAUGCGAGUGUGCAAGACGUGGUAUAAAUGGUGCUGCGACAAAAGACUCUGGACAAAAAUCGACUUGAGCAGGUGUAAGGCUAUCGUGCCCCAGGCUCUCAGUGGCAUCAUCAAGAGACAGCCUGUUAGCCUUGACCUCAGUUGGACCAACAUCUCCAAAAAGCAACUGACAUGGCUUGUCAACCGGCUGCCAGGGCUGAAAGACCUCCUCCUAGCGGGCUGUUCCUGGUCAGCAGUCUCUGCCCUCAGCACCUCCAGCUGCCCCCUUCUCAGGACCCUUGAUCUUCGGUGGGCAGUAGGAAUCAAGGACCCCCAAAUUCGGGACUUGCUGACUCCACCAACUGAUAAACCGGGUCAGGACAAUCGCAGUAAGCUCCGGAACAUGACUGACUUCCGGCUGGCAGGCCUUGACAUCACAGAUGCCACGCUUCGCCUCAUCAUCCGCCAUAUGCCCCUUCUGUCUCGACUCGACCUCAGUCACUGCAGCCACCUCACAGAUCAGUCCUCCAACCUGCUCACGGCCGUUGGGUCUUCCACACGUUACUCCCUCACAGAGCUCAACAUGGCAGGUUGCAAUAAGCUGACUGACCAGACCCUAAUCUACCUACGGCGCAUCGCCAACGUCACCUUGAUCGACCUUCGCGGAUGCAAGCAGAUCACUAGGAAAGCCUGCGAGCACUUCAUCUCAGACUUGUCCAUCAACAGUCUCUACUGCCUGUCUGACGAGAAGCUGAUACAGAAGAUCAGCUAAGACCCCCCCGGCCCAGACUGAACCGGAAUCCGAUCUUCCCCCGCCUCCCCAGCCAGGAGAGCAUCUCUCCCUGACCCUGCGCGGGCUCCGAGGCCCGCGCCACACUCCCUGUCUGCUCUCCUGCCCCAGCCCUUCCCCUUCAGGCAGGGCAGAGAGGGGGCUGGACGCCAGGCUUCCCGCCUGCUCCUCUCCCUCCGCGAAGGGAGUAGCAGAUGGAUCUGAGGGAAAGCACAGGGCGUGUGCUGUCGAGGUGCCUGCUUGCUUGCUCGCCCACUUGCCCAGAGGCCAGGCUCUGAGUUGGGGGUGUCUGUGCACCUGGCACGUGUGCUGGGCCGGGGGCCCUCCCCUCGCCCUGGUCCCCAGCAGUGUCUGGUUCCGAGCUAACUCCCAGGGAAGAAAAUGGCCUCACCUCCGUGGCCAGGUUCUCCUUGUGGUGUCCAGUGCGUGUCUCUCCGUCACACUCUCCCGGCUCGUGCAGGAGCGGCCAGCAGCCCUGAGACGCCAGCCCCUUGCAGAUGCUACUGGUGCUGUGGAGGCCUCCAGCCUCCCAUCCGUCCGUGCUCUCCCGCUUCUCCGCCCUCACCUGGAGCCUGGCCGAAGGGUCGUGGUUGUUCCUGUAAUGAGGUCACCCCAGCUGACUUUUCCACUCGUCUCUAGGAGGUCCUUGUUGCACUUAUUGGGGGUGAGGCUCUGCAGAGGCGCCAGAACCGUCUGCUCCAGGGGAACCCCCGUCUUACUGCUUCCUAGGCAAAUUCUGAAGCAAGCACCAUCUCCUGUUCCCUUGACCCUUUCCCACACCCCCUUCUUCCCUUCCCGACUUGGGCUUGCCAGGAUGCCAGGCCUUGCAGAUAGUGGGAGCAGAGAAUUGGGCCAGGGCCCCCACUUCCCUCCCGGUAGCCCCCAGAGCCAUCCUUGUUUGGUCCCCAAAGCUCACUGAUCUGGCACCUUUGGGGCUAAGGAAGGGCUCCUGCUUAGCAGCCAGUCGCCUGCCAUCUGCCUGCAGCUGCGGGAGGGCGUGUGCAUGUGCCUCUGUGUGUGUGGCUGAGAGACGCGUGCGCGUGCGCGUGCGCACAGGGCGGGCGGGCAUCUCCCACCCCGCCACCCUGUGUUGAGCCCCCAGCAGCUGCCCCCUUUUACUUUGCAUUGAACGGCCUGUCCAAAGAUCCUCUCUCUAGGGCAGCAGAGAGCUUUUUGCACUUUAAAAAAAAAAAAAAAAAGGAAAGAAAAAAGGUCGAAACUUCUUUUGGGUCAAUAUUUCCGUGUGAGGAGGUGCUCGAGAGCGGCAGUCUGGUGAGAGCUUGCGGUAGAAGCGGAUUUGCACUCCGCCCCCCCAUCUGUCUGUCUAUCCAUCCAUCCGUCCUUCCUUCCGGAGAGUGAUAGCACAACCUGGCCCACCUUCUCUUCCUCCAGCGCCCCCUCUCCCCCCUCCCCCAGUCUGGUCCCAGCUCUCGGCUCCCCGGAGCUGCACAGUGGAGGGGAAGGAGCCCAGGUAGCGGGGUCUGAAGUGUGAGCCGCGCAGAGGGGAGACGCCAGCUGCACCCUCACCACUUCCAAAAGCAAUAGAGGCAGAGGGUUCCCCUCUUCGCCACCUAUCCCAGCUUUGACCCUGGCAUCGACUGGCCUCCUAAGAAACUGGGGUGGGGGGAGCGCAGGGGGACAUCGUGUCUGUUUCUUCCAAUCUGCUGAUCCUCUUGGCUGCACCUUCAGAGCGGCCGUCUGCUCCCUGCCCCUCCACCCCUUCUGUUGGUCUCCAGGCCCCAGUACUCUGGGGCUGACACUUUGAGGAAAUGCCAGUGACUUAUUCCAGAGUGCCUCAGUUCGGGGAACUUCUCUGUAAAGAACCCUGGGUAUUGAGCAAAAACUUUAUUAUUAUUGGUAUUAUUGUUAAUGACCUAUAAUUGGAAGCUUCCCGCCUUUUUUGGUUGCUCCUGUGGACAGUACGGAAAAGAUCGCUUUGUCUUGUUUUGUUGUCUUUGUAUAAAAGGGGAGGUGGAGAGACCCCUUCAGAGCAGGGAUUGUGCCGGGAGAGUGCCUCUGACUUUGGGACAUUUCAUCCACAGAAAUUUCCAAGCUGAUGGUAGGUUUGGGGGUUUGGAUUUUAUUUUUGAUUGUUUGGGGUUGGAAAAACGAGCAUUUUUACCGCGCACGUCAGUUGGUCAGCAGGAAAGGGAGCCCAGGAGUGGCUACAGAUGGACCCACGCCCUGGCUGGGCUUGCCUUUUCUCAGACUGUGAGGGGGGAAUGGUUUUUAGAGGUGAGGGCUGGUCCAUGUGGAGGAAAGCAAGUUUGGGGACAGGCAUCCACGGUUCCAUCGCAUUUCCUGCACUCGGCUCUGGAGGCAGCCUCGCCAGGAGAGCCACCCGCCUCCCAUCUUCCCAAGCACCGGGGCGAAAACCCACAAAGGAAAGGAAGAGAAAUUAUAUAUAUCUAAUAUAAAAUCACUUGGUGAUUAAAAAAAUAACUGCUCCAUAAAUAAAACUCCUAAAGUCACUAUG